CCAAUCAGCGUACCGCAUAUUAUGUACAAUAAAAGUGAUAUGCAUGUGCUAUUAAAAAAAUUAUGUAAAGUAAAGUAAACCACCAAGCCUUUUCUUCUGAGAAAUUGUAUUAUAGUUACCUGCCGAUGUGUUGCUAUUUUUGUAUGUCUUGCUUGCAGCUUUGCAUAGUGUGCUGCUGUGACAUACACAGCCUAGCUAAAAGCUAGCCACCUAGUUAGCUCAUUACUGCCACUGCCAGGCUCCAGCUACGUGGUCGACAUGGCGACCGACGAAAUACAACAAUAUUAGCUAUCAUAAAAACAGCUCAAGGUUGAUGGCAUUUAUUUGGAAAUUGUCAUACCACAUACUGAGUGUUCAUAAUGUCUGAACAUUUAGACGAAAGUUGAUGUUCGGAAUAGUUUUAUUUUAUUACAUUGGAAUCUGUCAGAUCUUUUGCAUCACUCAGUUUUUUUCGAAAAGAAAACAAACCCCACGCGACAACACACUGAAGGAUCUACCUUUCUUUGAAAAAGAAAGCGUCCGUCAAAGCUACAGUGCUUCCCCCAGAGACCUCCGUGGGUGACGAUGCCUGUGCAAGCGCCGCAAUGGACGGAAUUCCUGCUGUGUCCCAUCUGCACCCAGCUGUUCGAGGAGAGCCUCCGCAAGCCCAUCAGCCUGGGCUGUGGCCACACUGUCUGUAAGAUGUGCCUGAACAAGCUGCAUCGCAAGGCCUGCCCCUUCGACCAGACGGCUAUCGCCACCGACAUUGAGCUGCUGCCAGUCAACACAGCCCUGCUGCAGCUGGUGGGAGGACAGGUGCCCAAACGGCAGCCUACCACCUUGGUGACGGGGGCAGAGGACAUAGCCCACUAUGAGGAAGCCAGUGAGUGUGUGGAGGAGCUGGCUCAGUACCUGAAACCCCUGAGCAACAGCAGAGGUGUGGGGUUGAGCACCAGCAGCGCCCAGAGUUCUCUGAGUCGGCCCAUGCAGAGGAAGCUGGUGACCCUGGUGCACUGUCAGCUGGUGGAGGAGGAAGGCCGGGUGAGGGCCACGCGGGCGGCCAGGUCCCUGGGGGAGCGCACCGUCACUGAGCUCAUUCUGCAGCACCAGAACCCCCAGCAGCUCUCCUCCAACCUGUGGGCUGCAGUCAGGGCAAGGGGCUGCCAGUUUCUCGGCCCAGCGAUGCAGGAGGAGGCUCUGAAGCUAGUGCUUUUGGCUCUGGAGGACGGCUCCGCUCUAUCCAGGAAGGUCCUGGUGCUGUUUGUGGUUCAGAGGUUAGAGCCACGCUUCCCACAGGCCUCCAAGACCAGCAUAGGCCACGUGGUGCAGCUCCUCUACAGGGCCUCCUGCUUCAAGGUGACCAAACGUGAUGAGGACUCGUCCCUGAUGCAGUUGAAGGAGGACUUCUGGACGUACGAGGCACUGCGGCGCGAACACGACUCCCAGAUCGUCCAGAUCGCAAUGGAGGGGGGCCUCCGCAUCGCCCCUGACCAGUGGUCUUCCCUGCUCUACGGGGACCAGUCGCACAAGUCCCACAUGCAGUCCAUCAUCGACAAGUUGCAGACGCCAGCGUCGUUUGCUCAGAGUGUUCAGGAGCUGACCAUCGCCCUGCAGAGGACAGGUGACCCGGCCAACCUGAACCGCCUGCGACCACACCUGGAGCUGCUAGCCAACAUCGACCCAAGUCCAGACUCCCCUCCCCCCACGUGGGAGCUGCUGGACACGGGCUUGGUGGCAGUGAAGACUGUGGUACACGGCCUGGUGGACUUCAUCCAGAACCACAGCAAGAAGGGGAGCGACCCACAACAGCCACCCCAGCACAGUAAAUACAAGACGUACAUGUGUCGGGACAUGAAGCAGAAGGGGGGCUGUCCUCGAGGAACCAGCUGCACCUUCGCUCACUCUCAGGACGAGCUAGAGAAGUACCGUAAGAUGAACAAGCGGCUGGCUGCCCGCCGGCCCCUCAGCCUAUCCCUGACGCAGCUGAAUGAGGUUGGCCUAUUGCCCGAGGAGGUGGGGAUGCUGGAGGGGCUGGCACACAAGGGCUUGACGAAUGGCAUGGUGGCGUCGGUCACAGGCUCCGCCCUGCCCCAGCUCAUCUCCCGCGGCGCCGACCCCUCGAUGCGGAAGCCCCAGUCCCAGGGAAGCCUCAGUGCCCCCAGCUCUCCUCCAGACUUACUAGACCCUGUGCCCAAUCGGGCCAUGGCCCACCCCAGGAUGGCAGUGGACCACCUGGCCAUGCACAAGCAGAUGCCCAGGAGGCCCUCCAUGUACCCCCCUCAGCAGGGAGAACUCUUCUACCCCCCUGAGCCCAGGGCACCUCCAUCAGCCCUGCAGUAUGAGGCCUCCCAGAACGCCCCAGGUAACCCCCCCUACCCCUACCAGCCCUCUCAGUACCCACCCCAGCCUCGCUACGUCCGGAACCCCCCUCCCACCAACGAUCCGGCCUUGCCCCCCUACCCCGGCACCUACCCCCAGGAGCGCCAGUGUCCCCCUCAGCCCUCAAGUUCCCACUUCUCCAACGCCAACCCCCAUGGGUAUGCGCCUCCCCCGCAUUAUGACGGCCGUCGACACCCCGCCUACCCCCCUCCACCACCACAGUCCUAUCCCCACCGGGAGGACCCCUCCUCCAUGCCUGUGGACGAGGCCUCCAGAGAAAGAUACCUUCCUGAGGGUUACCACCCCUCUGGCCCCCACCCCAGCCACAUGAGGCCCUACACCCCCAGGGAGUCUUACAGCCGACCCCAGCCCACUCCCAGUCUGGACUACUUGCACCGCCGACGCCAGGAGAUCAUGGCCCAGCUAGAAGACGGGAAGCAGGUCACUCCCCCACCCUUCGCCCCCUCGCCUACACUGCCACACCACUACGAGUCCAACUACACACAGGAGCAACAGCAGUACUUGGAGAACUCACAAGCGUUUUCAAAGUACCGUGAGCCAGACUACGCUAGCCAGUACUCUCCUUGGUCAUGUGACACUAUCAGCUCCUACAUUGGCAGUAAGGAGGGCAAGUCCAGAGACAGUAUGGAGAGGAUGAACGCUGAGGGGAAAGGUGUGGAAGGCAGGCGCAGGGCUGCCGAGGCCAGAGACGACGACCCUAUCAUCCCCUUUGGCUCUCUGCCCACCGUGUCACGCUUCGGGGUGAUCUCCCGCACCCCCAAGACGGGCUACUUGUCUGCCGGCCCGGGGCAGGCCAUGACCCUCUCACAGGGGACCAAUGGCCCCAAACACGGCGCUGCAACAGGUACAGGGAGAACUCGUACACCUUUUGGGUUUUGCUCUGUUUGCUGCAUUUCGCAGAGUCUGACUGGCUCUUGUUGUCCCCCUGCAGGGUGGGGUGCUGCCGGGUACAGCCAGCCCCCUCAGGCCCACCUCAGUGAACGGCCAGUCAAGGAGAGGGAGCAGCUGACGAUGGAGCUCCAGCAGGUCAAUCAGCAGAUCAACAAGCAGACUGCCCAGGCGGACCAUCCCAGCCCGGUGGAGUGGUCGUCGGGGAGCGUCUCCAGCCAACAGCUGAGCCUGGAGCUCCACCAUGUGGAGCGGGAGAUCGGCAAGAGGACCCGCCAGAUAGCCCUGGAGCACCUUGUGAGUCAUGAUGGGAGUGGGGCGUAUAAGCUGAAGCCCACUGAGAACGGGCAGAGAGCGGAGCACUCGUUGGUCCUCAGUGAGGGCUGUAACGGUCCCAGUGGUGUGCUGCAGGACGGCAGUGUGGCCAGCGGUGGUUUGUCCUGCCUUACCAGCAAGACCUCGUCCCUCAGCCUGUCUGCAGACCUCCCCAUCACUGGGGGCACUGACCGAAAGACCAACGGCAUGGUCCACCUGUGCUCCUAGCCACACAACUGGAGUCUGGUAUUACCACCACAGCUACAACUAACCAAUCAGUCAACCACAUAGAGCCUUAGGAAACCCCUCAUCCUCUGACCGUUAGAACCGUUCCACUGUCAUUUUGAGACACACAACCAGGUCCUCCAAACUGUCUGGUAUACCCUACCUACAUCCACAUUUUCAAAAUCUGAUUGACGCCACUAAGAGAAUUUUAACUUGAUUACAAAAUGUGUGGAGAGAGGCGCCAUCUCUCUCCUGCUUAAAAUGGCAAGAGACCGUUCUAGGUUUCUUACAAUGAGGGAUUUGUGGUAGAAGGGCUCGGAGUAUCUAAGUAACUGAAAAAGCCACUGAUUUGCAAAUGUGGAUGUAGUGCCAUCAUAAACAACAGCGCUUCAUUUGAUACAACACAAAUUUGCACACUUGCAACUUUAGUCUGUCUACAACUAAGCAGUAUCUGCCCUGAAUUUAAUUUUUGUAAAGUUUUUUUGUUUUGUUCUGUGAAUGAAUGUUUUUUUUUUCAUAUAAAAUCUCAACCUGCUUUGGAAACCAGAUGUUUAGAUUUAUGCUCCAUGAACUCAAACCCAAUAAUGAUUAGAAGAAUAAUAUAACAAUGAGACCAGUUCCUUGGUUUCAAAUAGAUAAGGCCACCAUAACUGCAUUGACAUUAAUUACAUCUGUUGUUAGCUUCACAAUGUGCACAUUGUUUUUUUUUUUUUUUGUAGCAUCGCUACAGCAAUAUUUGUGCUUAGCAUAUAUGCAGGUCCUGAAAUGCGGACUUUGUGUUUGGAAUUAAUUGUAAGUUCUUGUUUCUAAGCUGCAAUGUUAUUCGCAGACCAUUUUUUUUGUAUUAUAAUUCUUUUGGGGUUUCGAUAAGUUUGACUCUUGGUUCUCUGAAGGAGGACAUUUACACCUUAUCAAAAUAUCUCCACCACAUAGAAACAAUACUGGUUGGCAACCAGCUGUGAAUAAGUUUGCGCAUAUCCAAGAUAAUACAUAUUGAAGAUGACACUGGCCUCUUGAAGGUAGAGAACGCCUUUCAACUGGGCAGUUUUGAGAUUUAGAUGAAACUAUCAGAUACAUUUUAACAAGAAGCAAAGGCUCCCUUGUGUCCACUUCAGUGGCCUGACCCUCUUUUGGCAUCUCCCCUCACCACUACCACCACCUUCAGGAUAUUUACUUCAGCCUCUACCAUCCAUGCUUUGGUAUGGGGCUGAUGAGGAAAAGGAUAUAUACAUUUAGGCUUGGCAUUCAAGCUGUCGUGUUUUGGGUGUAAUUUAAAUGCAGUGAUGGACUAGGUGGGAGGGAAUCACAACAUGGGUCAAGCAUACGUCUGCCUGUUGAUGGGGUGGUCAGAGGUACUGGGUAUAUGGAGUAAAGGAAACAGGAACGAAGCCAGACAUGACCCAUGGCUGGAAUUUGAGACCUUGAUCUACAAAACAUGUUUGCACUUUCAUAGCUUUAAGGAUGGUUUGUACUGAGUAUAUGUAUUUAUUAAAUGUACAGUAUUUGCAUCCUGAGGAUGGUUAUAACAUUAAAAGGUCAAACUUAAAA